AUGCCCCAAACAGAAGAAGAGAUCCGAAAAGGCCUAAUCGGAACCUGGAAGCUCAUCUCCUUAGUGAGCAAGCCAGUCGACUCAGAUGGUCCAAUCGGAUACCCCUUUGGACCAAACGCAGCAGGAUAUCUGAUCUACACACAAGAGGGCUACAUGUCCGCGCAGGUGAUGGAACCGGGAUCAAAACCCUACGCCAAGUCAGAUCCGUUCACGGCGUCAGAUGAUGAGGCAGGAGAGGCGGCGAGACAUUUCUUGGCGUAUUCGGGUCCCUUUGAAGUCUUCUUCCAGGAUGGUCAGUCGUUUGUUAAACAUUCUACGGAUUUAUCGCUUGUGCCGAAUUGGGCUGGUGGACAUCAGCUUAGACGGGUUGAGCUUGAUGGGGACAAACUUGUUUUGUCGCCGGAUCGGCCGUGGGAAAUUAGUGUAAGUGGUACUGGGGUGGAUGAGGUUGAGAUUGCCAGUGGUGGUUAA